AGGGGCUGGGAGGGACUGUGCGACUUGGAUCCAAAUUCACCGAAGCAAAGACUAAAACGCCUACUGAGUUCAGCAGGAGGAAAAAGAAUGUUCAGCCAUUAAAGGACCAUGAAGGAUUUCUUCCAACACGGUACGACUGUUUACAACUGUGACCGAAGCCAUAUGGAUUGAUUAUUUUCAGUGUGGAAGACUGUUUCAGUGGGUUGUACUCUGAAGACAUAAACAGUGAAGUUGUUAAUGCAGCAUCAGCAACCGUUUUAGCUGGGACUUGUUCAAAGACGUGCUAGUAAUGUCAGGUAGAGUGGUUCUUGUUCUUCUCCUCUCCCUCUAUCUGACUGUGGCUUCAGUCCAGAGCCAGGGUUCCUCCCAGGAUGCCUUUAUAAUCCAGUACCUGGAGAGGAGACUGUCUCAGAUGGAGGAGCGUAUGAAUCAAUGUGAGCAAAAGACAGUGAGCGUCACCCAGAAGACCUACGACCUCUCCUCUGAAAUCAGAGGUUAUCUGUCAACUCUCAGUGUUCUGAGAUCCGAGGUGCAGAGCCAGGUGGACGGCGUGUCUGUGCGUGUAGACCAGGUUGAGAGAGAGCUGGAAUAUCUUGAAAACAAGAUUCCCACCCAGACUAACAUCGAGAUGGAAGAGACACUGCUGGAACAACAGAUAAAAGCUGCUGAAGUGGACCAGCUGAAACAGAAAGCCAAGAUCAAAGUGGUGAAAGACUGCAGCAUAGCCCUGAGUCAAAUCAAGUCUCUCAAGAUUGUGAAGAAGGCUGGAGACACCUAUGGAUCCUGGUUCAAGGACCCAUCUGAAGGAUCAGCUAAGGUCUACAUGCUCAGUGGAAUUCGUAACAACACUCUGCUGGAGUAUGUUUCUCUGCACAGUUUCACAGAGAGCACCACCACAACACCAGUUAAGGUGGUGCAGCUGCCUUUCCACUGGCAGGGGACAGGUCAAGUGGUCUACAAUGGAUUCCUCUACUACCAUAAGGCAGACACUCCCAACCAGAUACUGAAGGUAGACCUGUUGAACGGUACAGUGGUGGACAGUACACUUCUACCAGGAGCAGGUCGUCUACCAGUCUACAAUCUAAACCCCAACACCUACCUGGACCUGGCUGUGGAUGAACUUGGCCUCUGGGUCAUCCAUGCUGACCCUGAGUAUGGAGGAAACCUCGUCAUCACUAAACUGGAUAAAGGAAGUUUGGCAGUAGAGUAUACCUGGGAUACACAAUGCAGAAGCCAUGAUGCUGAAGGAGCAUUCCUAAUAUGUGGGACCCUCUAUGUGGUCUACAACACACGAUAUGGAGGUCGCUCCACCAUACAGUGUCUUUACGACAUCCAUGACACCAUCCACAGUGAUGAGAAUCCUGUAAUAUUCUUCCCAAAGCGUUACACCAGCCACAGCAGCAUCCACUACCACCCCGGAGACAAACAGCUGUAUGCUUGGGACGACGGCUACCAGACAAUAUACAAAGUGGAGACACGCAGAAAUGACCAACUCACUGCAGAAUGAAGAUGAUCGACAGUGUUUAUCCUUUCAAAACUUGUGAUAUCACUUCAAAAAUAAUCCUAAAUCAUACAAUAAACAUCAUUGUCAAAAGCAUCAAUUAAGGAAUAUUUUUGAUGAGUAGUUUAUAAUCUACUGUUGUUUAGUAUAGUGAUAUUUUGCUGGCAUUGGAUGCUACCUUUAUCACUAUUAAUUGUUUUAGACAUAAAUAUCAUGUCCAACCAAAGGCAUGUUAUACAUUGUGUAGUCUUCAUACUUUGUAUCACCACAAUAAAGAACUUUUAAGUGUCA